UGACACAUGGCCCCGAACGUUCAUCUUAAGGCUGUUAGAUAUUGAAUAAAUAAUACUAAGACUUGUGUGCUGUGCAGGAAACCCGCACGGCCCCUUUAAACAGCUCUCCUCCCCGGUUCUCCCAUCGUGUCGGUCUCUUCCCCAUUUCGCUGCUUUGUUUUCAUUGUCGCUCUUUUGAUCAUGGCUGCUCAUUCUAACGAAGAACCGUUCCCCUUCCACGGGCUGCUCCCCAAAAAAGAAACCGGCGCCACGUCUUAUCUCACCAGGUUCCCCGAGUAUGAUGGCCGAGGAGUGCUCAUCGCUAUCCUCGAUACCGGCGUGGAUCCCGGGGCUCCCGGCAUGCAGGUCACAACUGAGGGGAAACCAAAGAUCAUCGACAUCAUCGAUACAACUGGCAGCGGUGAUGUGAACAUGACCACUGUGGCAGAACCUAAAGAUGGGACAAUCACUGGCCUCUCUGGUAGAACACUUAAGAUCCCUCCUGCCUGGGUCAAUCCAUCAGGGAAGUAUCGCAUUGGAGUUAAAAAUGGCUAUGAGUUCUUCCCUAAGGCUCUCAAAGAAAGAAUACAGAAAGAGCGAAAGGAGAAGAUUUGGGACCCACCGCACAGAGCAGCACUCGCUGAGGUCUCUCGCAAGACAGAAGAAUUUGACCUCUCUCACCCAACACCCUCACAGAUGGAGAAGCUGCAGAAAGAAGAGCUGCAGAGUCAGUCAGAGCUGCUGGCAUCACUAGAAAAGAAGUACAGUGAUCCUGGUCCUGUAUAUGACUGUGUGCUUUGGCAUGAUGGCGUCACAUGGAGGGCUGUUGUCGACACUUCAGAGUGUGGAGAUCUGUCCCAGUGCACUGUGCUGAGCUCUUACAGAGAGGCACAAGAAUAUGCCACAUUAGGAAAUGCUGAGAUGCUUAACUACUCUGUAAAUAUUUAUGAUGAGGGAAACACGCUCUGCAUCGUCACCAGUGGAGGGGCUCAUGGGACUCAUGUGGCAAGCAUUGCAGCAGGUUACUUCCCAGAGGAACCUGAGCGCAAUGGUGUGGCCCCGGGUGCUCAAAUCUUGGCUCUGAAAAUUGGAGACACCCGACUCAGCACCAUGGAAACGGGCACAGGGCUCAUCCGUGCGAUGAUUGAAGUCAUCAACUACAAGUGUGACCUGGUUAACUAUAGCUACGGGGAAGCCACCCAUUGGCCCAAUUCGGGGAGGAUUUGUGAGGUGAUCACAGAGGCUGUGCAGAAGCACAAUGUGAUGUUUAUUUCCAGCGCAGGAAAUAAUGGCCCAUGUCUCUCCACAGUCGGCUGCCCGGGGGGAACCACCAGCAGUGUCAUAGGGGUUGGAGCGUAUGUGACUCCAGACAUGAUGGUGGCAGAGUAUUCCCUGAGGGAGAAGUUGCCUCCAAAUCAGUACACCUGGUCAUCCAGGGGUCCCAGUACAGACGGGGCCCUGGGAGUCAGCAUCAGUGCCCCUGGCGGUGCAAUUGCAUCUGUACCCAAUUGGACUCUCCGUGGUACCCAGUUGAUGAACGGUACAUCCAUGUCAUCACCGAAUGCCUGUGGAGGCAUCGCUCUAAUCCUUUCAGGGCUGAAGCAGAAUGGGAUCAGUCCUUCUGUUCCUGCGGUGAGGAGAGCGCUGGAAAACACAGCUCUGAAGGUUGAUGACAUAGAGGUGUUUGCACAGGGCCAUGGAAUAAUCCAGGUGGACAAGGCAUUAGACUACCUCAUCCAACACGCCUCUUUACCCACAAGCCACCUUGGCUUCUCAGUAAGUGUGGGAACACAGAAGGGCAUCUACCUCAGGGACCCAGCCCAAGUUCUUGCACCCUCUGAUCACGGUGUAGGAAUUGAACCCAUCUUCCCAGAGAACAUAGGAAACUCUGAAAGAAUCUCCUUGCAGCUGCAUUUGGCACUUACAUGUGCAGCACCGUGGGUCCAGUGCCCCUCCUAUCUGGAGCUUAUGAACCAGUGUCGUCACGUCAAUGUCCGCAUUGAUCCUGCUGGACUGAGAGAAGGGGUGCACCACACAGAGGUGUGUGGGUAUGAUACAGCAGCACCCACCUGUGGCCCCCUAUUCAGAGUUCCCAUCACAGUUAUUAUCCCUGUCAAAGUGACAGAUAGUCGUAAUCACGAAGUUUGUUUCACAGACGUGCACUUCAGGCCGGGCCAGAUCAGACGCCACUUCAUCACUGUUCCUCAGGGAGCCUCCUGGGCAGAGAUCACGCUGACCUCUCAUUCGGGAGAUGUGUCGUCCAAGUUUGUUCUCCAUGCCGUACACCUGGUCAAGCAGAAAGCGUACAGAGCCAAUGAAUUCUACAAAUUCUCUUCCCUAUUGGAAAGAGGUUCGCUAACUGAGGCUUUCCCUGUGCUGUCAGGUAGGGUAGUAGAGUUGUGCAUUGCACGCUGGUGGGCAAGCCUGGGUGACGUCACGGUGGACUACAACAUCUCGUUCCAUGGACUCAACACUUCCCCUUCACCCCUGCACAUACAUGCCUCAGAGGGAGUGACGAGUUUUGAUGUGUCGUCGCCUCUGAGGUAUGAGGAGGUGUCCCCGACCAUCACCCUCAAGUCCUGGGUUCAGCCUCUCAGGCCCUUAAGUUCAAAGAUUAAAGCCCUGGGAGCGAGGGACGUUCUGCCAAAUAACCGGCAACUCUACGAAAAUGUCCUCACCUACAGCUUUCACCAGCCUAAGAGCGGGGAGGUUACCCCCAGCUGUCCCAUGUUGUGUGAGCUGCUGUAUGAGUCUGAGUUUGACAGUCAGCUGUGGAUGCUUUUUGAUCAGAACAAGAGGCUGCUGGGCUCAGGGGACGCCUACCCACACCAGUAUUCUCUGAAACUGGAAAAGGGAGACUACACUGUGCGUCUGCAGGUCCGUCACGAGCAGUCCAGCGAACUGGAGCGCCUUAAGGACCUGCCAUUUGUGGUUUCUCACCGUCUGUCCAACACACUCAGUCUAGAUGUCUACGAGACGCAUCGCGCUGCCCUCAUGGCCAAGAAAAAGACGAAUUCUCUCACCUUGUGCCCUGGCGCCACACAGCCCUUCUACGUCACGGCCCUGCCAGAUGACAAGAUUCCAAAGGGGACGAGUCCAGGAUGUUAUCUCUCAGGCUCUCUGGUUGUCCCAAAGAGCGAGUAUGGCAAGAAAGCAGGGCAGGCCUCUGCAAAACGACAAGGAAAGUUUAAAAAGGAUAUUGUUCCAGUCGUCUACCACUUAAUUCCUGCUCCAAACAAGACGAAGAAUGGAGGGAAGGAGAAGGACAAGGAAGGAGACAAAGAGAAAGAUGUGAAGGAGGAGUUUGCAGAAGCUAUGAGAGACUUGAAGAUUCAGUGGAUGACAAAGCUGGACUCCAGCUCCAUCUAUGAUGAACUGAGGGAAAACUACUCGGAUUACCUUCCUCUGCACGUACAAAGACUUCACCAGCUGGACUCUGAAAAGGAGCGAGUGAAACGUCUCAGGGAGGUGAUCGCCGCAGCUGACGUUGUCAUCUCCCACGUCGACCAGACGGCUUUGGCUGUUUAUCUGACCAUGAAAACAGACCCUCGACCCGAUGCCGCCUCCAUCAAGACUGACAUGGAGAAGCAGAAGUCGUCUCUGCUGGACGCUCUGUGCAGGAAGGGCUGCGCUCUGGCUGACCAGCUCCUGCUGCCUUCAGCGCCGCAGGACGGCGCCGGUGCUGUUUUGUCCGGUCAAGCAGAGACGGAAGCUGUGGAACAGGUGGCCACCAGCUCUGACGACAGCCUCCAAAACGUGGCUAAAGCCCUGAUGGAUACAUUUUGGGAUGUGCAGAAGUGGGCGGAGCUGACCGACUCCAAGGUGUUGACAUUUUCUUACAAACACGCUCUCGCGAACAAAAUGUACGGCCGAGCCUUAAAGUACGCCUCGAAGAUGUUGGAGGAGAAGCCCAGCAAAGAGAGCAUGAGGAACUGCAUCCAGCUUAUGCGACACCUGCGAUGGACACAUUGCGCCACCUUCAGUGAGAACUGGCUGCCCGUCAUGUACCCUGUAGAUUACACACCAUUUUAAGCACAGUUGUGCACCAACACACACACGCACACACACACACACACACACACACACACACACACGCAUGAGCAGUGUGGCCAUACACAGUCCAGUACACGGCAACUUGGGUAUCAUGUCCCUCAGGGUCACAUGGUCUAUGCAUCUGGCUUCUUAAACGGAAAUGCUGGUGAACACCAAAAUGAAGGACAACGCCGAGUGUAAACGGUCUGAUGCACUCGAUGCGUCAUAAGGCGAAUUCAUCUGAUCUUUAAAUGUCUUGUUGUACAUUGAGUUUAACACUCAAAACUGUUGCCAGUGCUUGUUGAUGUCGUAGCUCAGUGCUUUCUUAGUCUGAUCGUGUCCUUUAUUUUGGUGUUCUCCACAUAUUUGGAGACUUUCACAUGCGCCCAUCCUCAACUCUCCGGACUCCAUAUCAUAUAAGUAACCUCAUUCUCUUGUGUAAAUACUGCUGAAGGGCCAGUGUGAGCUCCAGGGAUGCUUCCCAAAUCUUUUAAGAAAAACCCCAUCUGCUUAUUUUCCAGAAAAUAAAAGUAAAAAGAAAGAAACAGAGGAGCUCCUAACAUUAAGAUACUUUGGACAUUAAGAUGGACUUUAAGAUACUUUGAGAAGACAGGAGGACUUGCUGCUGCACGAUGUUCGGACGUACGAGCUCGCGUGCCGUCCGCCUGCUCCCUGAUUCAAAAAGGGAGGAAAUAUGUACUGAGCGUAAUAUCUUUAUUUUUUUUCUUUGUUUUUUGGUUGUUCCAGCCAGGCCAGGAUAAAGUCAACAUUUAGUCUCGUCUGUCUUUUUAAAGCUCUGACUCAUGUACACAGUAUCAGAACACAAAACGGUGUUGAGGUGCCUUCAUACAUGUACCUUACUUUUUUUCUGAUGGGACACAGGUUUUGACCGCAGGAAGCUGCAGAAUCGGCUGCUUGUGGUCAUUACGCCCAUCGGCCUUUGGUGUCAAAUGUUGUUUUGAAGCUUGUACCAGCAGCGUGAUGCGUCCGAGCGCUCGCUGAAUGCGGGCGGUCGGUGACUUGACGAGUUAUGGAAGCCACAAACCCACUUUUUCUCGGCUUCUGCUCACCUCCACCAACAUCACGCUGCUGUUACUCGAGCGGCGCAUUUGACGACCAUCAUAACAGACCUCACUAUCAUAACAGGAUGCAGUUGUGGGAAGCAGUCGGAUGUUCCGAUCGGAUUUUGUUGUAAAAUGCUCGCACAGUGUUAGACGUUUCUCUGCAGCAUUCAAAAUGUUGCUUUUGUACACAGUGUCAUAAAAUAAUGUACAUACACACGUAACAUAAAAAAAUAUCAAAAUGCAAUAGGUAUAUAAUACAAAUAUUAUUCUAAUUGAUGUAUUUUGCAUAUAUGCAUGUCUUCUAGGAUGUAAGGAACAAAAUAGUUUUAUUUGGAAGCAGAUUUUAGUUUGUUUCAAUUUCAGAGACUUUUUAAUCCCAAACAAGAUUCUGACUAUAUCCACUGUUGUUAUUUUCAUGAGUGUGUGUUUGUGAAUGACUCUGCAUGUAACUGUGAGACUGUUUUGUGUCCAUGAACAUUUUAUCCCAACAGAACUGAUAUUAUAGACAUUUAGAUUUGGGUAAGCAUGAGUUUGUUUGUUCGUUUUUUUUCUUCAGAUAUCUUAUUUACUUCAGAGGACCAUGCCAGUAGUUUUCUCUGUUUCAUUUAAUUUCCUACAAAUUGCAUAUACUUUGCAUCACAUCCCUUCAUUGUGCGUAUUAUAUUAUUUUAGGCCUGGGAACCGUUGGUUUUAGUUGUGUAAAUCCACAGUGAAGAUCAAGUCUGCAUCAAAGGCCCUGAGUGACGGGGUCCUACGUGAACGCAGUUUACUGGUGAAGGUUGUUGGAGGUUGGUUUUUCCUUAUCUAACAGGAGAGAUUUCUAUUUGUGCUUUUUUUUGUCCGUGUGGUUCUCAGUGGCUCGAAGCUAUAGAUAUAUUUCAAUAUGUAAAUCGAAAACGCGAUGAGAGUUUUGUGCUUAUAUGUUGCCGCUGUCUACCAAAUCUGAACAAACCACACCGACGCAGUCCGGUUGAGGCAUGUUAGCUGAAUUUUUAAAUAUUAAACUGUUCAUAAAUAAAUUGCAUUGCAUUUUUUUAAAUUUCUGUAAGCUGUGUGUCGGUGCAGUGUGCUUGCAGAUUGAUUUGAAGUCUUUGAUAAAAUAAUGCAGACUUGAUGUUCACUGUGAUGAUUUAUACAACCUGAAAGGUAUGGUGUUUACAUUACACGCCCUGCAACUUGACUGCCAACUGGAUUUUGAGAGUUCCCCUCUGAAGGGUCUACCAUUUGUUUGUCAUAACAGAAAUAAAUUAAUGUGAAAGAGUGGCUGUACAGAAGUGCAUCUGCACAGCCUUCAUGCAUUUGUAGAUGGUCAGUAAAAAAUAUACCUGUUUUUUGUUGAACAGCUUUAUCUUUUAAAAACACUGGUAUGGUCCUUUUAAAAUAUCUCAUCUGAGUCAUGAAACAGAUGGAGCAAAGGAGCUGCUUCCAGAAGAUACAAACUACAUAUUCACUUUUUAUCUUAUAUAUUUGUCAACCUUUAUCGCUUAUUGAUCUGUUAAACAGUACGUGUGAUUUCCUUUCACAGUCUUCAGUAUCAGUUUAACCAAAGAAUAGAUGUGUGAAGGCUGAAAAUGUUAAAAUGGACCUAAUUGAACAGAAGCCCUUAAACGAUCAAAUGGCCGAGUUUGAGAGGCACUCGUCCUCUUCCUCUGAUGUUGUUUUGAGCCAUCUGUUGUUUUAUGAUUGUGAAAGGAGCUGCUUUUGAGCUGAGUUAAUAAUCUUUUCUGGGACUGCCUUACAUACAGAGAAUCACUGGUCACAACUCAUGUUUACCCAAAGCUAAGAACACCUCGUGUUUCUGUUUUUAGCUGUGACUUGUAUACACUUUCUGAAACGGCCUCAGAGUGCGCUGAGUUUUACCAGUCAGGUGGGGUUUGGUUUUUGUUUUUUUGGCCUUUUCUUCUGUUUUCAUCCUAAUUCUCCUCUUUUCCCAGCGUUUGUGGUUUGGUUCAGAUAGACAUUACAUUCAGGGCUCAGCUGGUCUACAGUACGUGUUGCCAAUGACAGACUCUCCGAAAACGGCCUUAACUUUCACCACAGGACUGUACCGUCCAUUUCUGACACCUCUGUCGCUCUCGCAUCUGCUGGUGUCAGGAAACGCAUGAGAAAAUGCUUCCUCUGGAUGUUGAGUGUUUAUAUUUUUAGUCAUAAAAUCUAGUAAAUGCCAAUAUUUUACAGAAUGUUAUGACAUAAGGUUGUAUGCUCUUAUUAGUCUUAUUUUAUACCCAUUUCUUCCUCAAUGAUGCGGGAAAGACCUGAGCUACCGUCACACUAUUUUGUGGUCACGUGGAGUUAAGUCACAAACAAGGACUGAACACUGAAUAAAAAUGAUUUGGAAGAAUUCAAGUCUGCUCUGGUCAUCA